AUGGCUCCAACACUUUGUUUCAACUGCAAGGAGGAGCGCGCGGUAAUAAUCCGACCCAAGAACCGCCACAAACUCUGCCGCGGUUGCUUCAUUGAAGUUUUCGAAACCGAAGUUCACGAAACAAUCACGAACGCCAAAUUAUUCUACCCCGGCGAACGCAUCGCGAUCGGCGCGAGCGGUGGAAAAGAUAGUACCGUCCUUGCUGCAGUCCUGAAAACCCUUAACGAGCGAUAUAACUACGGCCUCGAACUAAGCCUCCUUUCCAUCGAUGAGGGUAUUCGCGGAUACCGUGACGACAGUCUCGAGACGGUUAAGCGCAAUGCAGUGCAAUACGAUAUGCCGCUGAAGAUCGUCGGAUAUGGAGAGUUAUACGGAUGGACGAUGGAUCAGGUUGUGGAGCAGGUAGGGAAAAAGGGAAAUUGCACAUACUGUGGUGUGUUCCGACGUCAGGCACUGGAUCGUGGUGCGGCGAUGUUGGAAAUUCAGCACGUUGUUACGGGACACAAUGCGGAUGAUGUCGCUGAGACUGUUAUGAUGAAUCUGCUUCGUGGAGAUUUACCUCGUCUUUCGCGUGGAACGAGUAUCGUGACGGAGUCCAAGGCUUCGGAUACUAAGCGCAGUAAGCCCUUGAAGUAUGCCUACGAGAAGGAGAUUGUUCUUUAUGCGCAUCAUCGACGUCUGGAUUAUUUCAGUACGGAGUGCAUUUAUUCCCCCGAGGCUUUCCGAGGCAGUGCGCGCACGUUGAUCAAAGAUCUGGAGAAGAUCCGACCGAGCUCGAUUCUCGAUAUUGUGAAGAGUGGUGAGGAUAUGGCUGUUCUGGUCCCUGGAAAUACUGUUCCGAGUGGAAAGAGUUGCAAAACUUCUGCUGCUGCGGAUGAUGAAGCUGGUGGUUGUGGAAGUCACAAUGGUCGAUCCAGUGGUGGUGAGAUGGCUGCCAUGGAGCAACAGUUAGCUGCGAAUGAUACCGCCGAGUCACGCGAAACCGAGAUCAAAAUGCCGAAGAAGGGUAGCGAUACAAAGAAGAUCAAGACCCAAACUUUACAAUACUGUGAGAAAUGUGGUUACAUCUCGAGUCAGCGCAUUUGCAAGGCGUGUACCCUGCUUGAUGGCCUGAACCGCAAUCGCCCUAAGACGGCCAUUGAAAUUGGUUUGGAGGAUGAAGAGGGCAGCUCAACCUUGGCAAGGCAGAUGGAGCAUAUCCAAUUGACCAACAGCUGA